AUGACUUUUGGAUAUAAGUAUGUAGACUACAGCUGUAGAAAGGCGUUUAAAGACACCGGGAAGACCCCCGUGGAGCCGGAGGUGGCGAUUCACCGGAUCAGAAUCACGCUGACCAGCCGCAACGUCAAGUCCCUGGAGAAGGUGUGUGCGGACUUGAUCAGAGGCGCCAAGGAGAAGAAUCUCAAGGUGAAGGGGCCCGUGGGGAUGCCGACCAAGACGCUGAGAAUCACCACAAGGAAGACGCCCUGCGGGGAGGGGUCCAAGACCUGGGACCGGUUCCAGAUGCGGAUCCACAAGCGGCUCAUCGACCUGCACAGCCCCUCCGAGAUCGUCAAGCAGAUCACGUCCAUCAGCAUUGAGCCGGGGGUGGAGGUCGAGGUCACCAUUGCAGAUGCGUAAAUCAGGCUUUUUAAUAAAUUGGCUAUCUGUUGUUUAA